AUGACAAGCAGAAGCGUUAUGUGGAUGGAUGUGGCGCAAGCGAGUCUGUGCAGUUGCAGGAUGUUUCACCAAAACUUUCAGCGGACAAACAAAUCCGAUUUCCCACCGUUGAUGACCAGAAGAAAACUGAAUUCGAAGGAGAAGAAGAAGCACAGUCAUCAGCAUCUCCAACCCCAAUUCCGAUCUCAAUCGCAGCAUCUCUGCUCACCUCUCCGAUUACGAUGCUGCGCCCCCGGAGCCUCUGUAACUUGUGACAAACAAAGCGUUCGCUUCCACAGUCUCAUCGUGUUGGAAUGGGACAAGCUGUGCAAUUUGGUGGCUUCCUUCGCCUCUACUUCCUUGGGUCGCCAAGCCACUCUUUCACAGUUAUGGACUCUCGACAACAGCUACGACGACAGUUUGAUGCUCUUGCAAGAAACUAACGCUGCUCUGCAAUUGCGCAGUCACGGUGGCUGCCGUUUGGACUUUUCCGGCCUCGACCUCGUUUUGGUGGAAUCUGCUAUACAACAUGCUCGUAGGAGUCUGCCGAUCAGUGGAGCUGAAGCCAUGGCGGUUGGAGCUCUGCUUGAUUCUGCUCUUUGCUUGCAGCUUAAUCUGAAAUCUGCAAUCAAGGAAGAUGCCGAUUGGUACCGCCGUUUUCUGCCUCUUUCACCGGUGAUUAUGGCAAUGGUCAUAAAUGGAUCUUUGGUUAAAAUGAUUCAGCAAGUGGUUGAUGAAGAUGGCUCAGUCAAAGAUUCUGCUAGUUCUGCUUUAAAACGAUCACGUGGUCAGGUCCGCAUGCUUGAGGAGAAGUUACACCGGUUAAUGGACGUCUUAGUCAGGAAUCAGACGACUGAUACUUCCUUGCUGGAAGCAAGUAGCAUAGAUGGAAGGUGGUGCCUGAAAUCGGGACCUGGUCAGCUAGUAACUGUUAAGGGCCUUUUGUUAUCCAGGGAAUCAGGCAGAGGAAGUAUUAUAGAGCCGCUCUCUGCAGUUCCUUUAAAUGACGAGUUGCAACAGGCACGACUAUCAGUGGCAAAAGCAGAAGUCGACGUGCUUUCUAUGCUAACAGAAAAGGUUCGAGUCGAUCUUGAUGACAUCGAGAAAGUGUUGAAGAAUGUGAUUCAACUGGAUGUGAUAAAUGCUCGAGCAAGUUAUAGUCAUUCAUUUGGAGGUUCCUGUCCUGUCCUGUAUCCCCCGGAAGAAAUGGAUGAAUCAGUUGCUUCCUGUUCUUAUUUAUUGGAAAAGAACACAUCAAAUUGCAAGAAGAGAGAGUGGAUAUUAUAUAUGCCUGAAGCUCAUCAUCCUCUGUUGCUUCAGCAGCAUAAGCAACUCCUUCAGGAGACAAAGAAGGCCAGCAGAUAUGCUUCCAUCAGAAAAGUUCAAAGAGAUAGUGUCUCACAGAAAGGAGAAGCAAGAGUCAUAGAUUCGUCAAUGCAAGGGCAGCCCCCUCCAGUUCCCGUUGAUUUCUUUAUAGAGAAAAGAACAAGAGUCCUUGUUAUAACUGGCCCAAACACUGGAGGUAAAACGAUCUGCUUAAAGACUGUUGGAUUGGCUGCAAUGAUGGCUAAGUCAGGACUUCAUAUUUUAUCUUCGGAAUCUGUACAAAUUCCUUGGUUCGAUUCUAUUUUUGCUAACAUUGGUGAAGAACAAUCUCUGUCAGAAUCAUUGUCCACCUUCUCUGGCCGGUUAAAACAGAUAAGUGAAAUUCGAUCUGCAUCAACAACCCAAUCAUUGGUAUUGCUUGAUGAAGUUGGCGCUGGGACAAAUCCCCUUGAAGGUGCUGCUCUAGGAAUGGCAAUGCUGGAAUCUUUAGCCAAUUAUGGUGCCUUGCUGACUCUAGCUACAACACAUCAUGGCGAACUAAAAUCACUUAAAUACAGUAAUGAUGCCUUUGAAAAUGCAUCUAUGGAGUUUGAUGAAGAGAAUUUGAAGCCGACUUAUAAGAUUCUGUGGGGAGUACCAGGCCGAUCCAAUGCCAUAAAUAUUUCUGAAAAGCUAGGAUUGCCAAGCACCAUCGUUACUGAAACUAGACAACUUAUUGGUGCUUCUAACGAGGAGAUUAAUGAGGUCAUUGUUGGCAUGGAGCAUGCGAAGCAUGAUUUUCGAGAACUUUUAAGUGAGGGCAAACAUCAUAUCAUGCUCUCAAGAAACAUGCACAAACAUUUAUUUAUGGCGAGAAGUAGGAUCAUGGAGCAUGCUACAAGGCAAAGAUACAGCAAGGUCCAGGAAAUAACUGAAGCUGCUGCUUCAGCACGUUCUGUUCUUAGAAAGAAAGUGCGAGAGUUUCAAGCUUCUGCAACACAGCCAGCUACAGCAAAGAAAAGAGUAUUGGUGGCAAGUGACAAACAGCGCAUUACCUCCGAGGACCAAAAACUUCAUGCUAGUAAUGAAGGUUUGUCGCCAAGCAAACCUCUUAAGCAAUUGCCUUCUUCAGAGAGGAUUGGGCUUCCUGAGGUGGGUGAGCUGGUGCAUGUUUCCAGUUUAGGGAGGAAAGCGUCAGUUGUGAAAGUGGAUACUGGAAAAGAAGAGAUAGUGGUUCAAGCGGGUAACCUGAAAUUGAAGCUAAAAUUAGGUGAUAUCCAGAGUUGA